AUGGGUGAAAGAGUUACAGGAAAGUCAAAGAGAUAUAUGGCUUUGAAGGCACAAUUAGUAAGAGAAAAGAAAGAUAAAGAGAAAUGGUUCAACAACAAAGGUAGAGAAGGCUACAACAAUUCGAAUGGUCAUAAUCAACAAGAAAAAGAUGUCAAAUCAGUCAAUGCAACUCAGGCAUUGAAGGAUUCAAAAUGGGUGAAAGCAAUGAAUGACAAACUAGAGUCCAUCGGAGUCAACAACACUUGUUGCAGGAAGGAGAUCGAAGAUUUCAAACAUGACCGUAGUAAGGAGCUUGAAAUGUUAGACUUGGGAAAUCUCUCAUAUUUCAUUAGCAUCGAAUUCUACAAGAGUAGUAGAGACUUGAUGAUGCACCAAAGAAUAUAUGCAUGUGAAAUAAUCAAGAGGUUUGAGAUGCAAGAUUGCAACCCAGCUUCUAGUCCAGUUGAGCCUAGAUUGCAACUGUCGAAAGACACAUAUGAAGAUGAUGUUGAUCCAACAAUUACAGAAGACUCAUUGGAUCACUUUGAUACCUUUGUCAUACAUGGAAUGAUCUAG